AUGGAUCCGAAGAGCAGGACGAUGCCGGCCAAGCUGACAGAGUCGUUGUCUGCCCCUUCGCUACGGUCGUUGCCACGCUUGCACAGCAGCAGUGAACAGCCCAGCUCAGAGCGCGUGGUGAAGGCAGAGGAGUACAUGUACCUCCAGGUGAAGCGCAGCCACUGGCCUGAACUGAGCGCUGACUGUAGGCUUUGGACUCUUCGGGAUUUUGCUCUGCAGAAUUCCAAUUGGGAGUCCUUUACCGACAAAGGCAAGCUCCGGGUCAUAUACGAGCUCGGAGCUUUGCUCUGUGAAUCUGGCCAUCGCCUGAAAGAGGACAUGAUGCUGAAAGCCCGGAAUGAGCUCCAGAGGGCCGUCACAGACGCACGCCAGCUUCCCCGGGUUGUCCGCUCUGACAAGCUGCGGGCUUUGGCGGUGGCCAGCUUAUGUGAAGAUAACCUCAAUUUGCCUGGGGCCGCACGGAGAAUCAAGGAGGCCCUUGGCGAAAGAAAGCGCGAGGAGUAUGACAGCGGUCACAUCCAAAACCUGUCAAAGAAGUUCCGAUUCAGGGGAUACAUCGAGAAGGUGCAAGACAGGUCCAUGACACUUUCCCAGCUGCGGAAGGUCCUUAAGUAUUGUCAUGAGUCCUGCCAUCAUUGGCGCGACAUCGUGGACGAGGACCAGCCCUCUCCACGGAGCAAUGGGCUGACCAUGGAGGUUCUCAACUUGCACCAUGUCGACUCCUGGUUGAUCUGGCCUGCGACAGAGGCGUACAGAAGCUCGUUUGUGGAGCUGAUGGCAGAUCAGGCCCAGCCGGCUGUUUGGUGCGUCAGCCACUGCUGGUCUCAGCCGCAUGCUUCUUUCGUGGACUGCAUCGGGCAGCACGCACAAACCAGGGGCCUGCGUCGCUGCACCACCUUCUGGAUUUGGGCGUAUGCGCACAGGCAUCACUGUGUGGACUUGGAGCCUCCGGAGUCGGCAGUUUGUGCUGCGCUGGACACAGCGGAGAGUAAGCUGCUGCUCGUUCUGCAGGACGUCACAGGAGAAGGGACGGUUGAGCAUGCGGCAAAGCAACGGCUCUGGUGCAUGUUUGAGGUUCUGCAAUGCCUCAACACCGCUGCGCAGCAUGGAUGGUCGAGGACGCCAAUGGACGUUGCUGUCAUGGCCGAGAGCAAGGCAGAGCUUCUCACUUACGGUCUCAUUGAUGACGAGGAGGCUAUGGAAGGACGACUGCCGGGCAGCGGCCUUGCAGCCAAAGCUGCACGAGAAAAGGGCUUCCCACUCUCGGUGGUCGAAACCUACCUUCGACAUCAGUUUCAAGAAGCGCAGACUUCAGCAGAGGAGGACCGCAACCACUUGCUGAAGAAAAUGGCCAAAGUCGUUGGGCCUGGCGUGGAAAUGGAGAAGAUAAACACCAGGCUGAACGGCUUGUUUGCGCUCACAUUCCUGCGAAAAGUGUUCGAAGAAAAGGAUGAGGGACGUGAGGACCUGGCCUGCUUGAAGGAGCUCGUGGCAAGUGCAUUGGCAAAAGAUGUUGACAACGUUGAAGUCGACGUCAGCCUCGGUGGAGGUGCUCUCACGUCCGUGGACGAGGAGCUCCUCCUCCUCGUAAAGAACUUGUCUCCGAGGCUGCAGCGGAUAACGUUAGAUUUGAAAGGAAGUUGCAUCAAAAACAGCUGCCUGGCAGAAGUGGCAAACUUCCUGUCACCAGAAGUGCAGGACAUUCUCCUCGACCUGCAAGGAUGCCGCACCGUGACGGACACCGGAGUGAAGAGAUUCAUGGACAACCUCGUGACCAACUGUGAUCGAUCAAAGCUGAGCACCGUUUCUUGCUUGCUGAUGGGGACGAAGGUCGCCGAAGUGUGUCAAGAAGCCUGCGAGAUGUUGGACUUGGAUCAGGUUCACAAGGUUCGCGGAGACCUUGCACUGCAAGAAAGGAAGAAUCACCUCAAGAGGCUCAUGAAGAAUGUUCAUCUGGGCAAGGCGCCGAUCGCAUCUCUCCGAAAGCUGGUGGAAAGCCAUGUCGAGGUGACAGUGCGCGGCAUGCUGGGCGAGCAGGGGGAGAUCGAUGUCUCACAUCUGGAGUGGGACAUUCACAGCAAAGAGAUGACAAUCCAGCUUGAUCAAGCUUUGCUCAAGUUCCUGCUGGACGUUGGAGCAGCCAUGCAACUCAGGAAGCGGCCGGAGGCACAGCCUUAUUGCGUGCUGUGGCCGGUGCCAGAUCGGGACCCACAGCAGCGCAACUACAUGUUCCAUCAUCGCCACCAGGCCUUCAGUGACGUCUUCGCAGAGAAGUUACCAGAGGUCCAGAAGAUGGGAAAGAAAGCCACGGCUGCUGCUUUGUUGGAGAUGCGCGGGGGCGACCUCGUGGAAGCAGCGAUACCGAGCCCGGCUGCCUUGCAGAAGCUAGCUUUCAUCUACGCAGCAAGAGAGGGCAGCACGGAGGCCGUUGCCGCCUUGCUGCUGGCCGCCGGCCAGCACUUGCUGACACAGGUAGAUGAUGGCCCUUGGGAAGAAGAGGACCUGAUCACUUGCAACGUGAAGGAAGAUGAUGCUCCCAGGGGAACGGCGCUUCUGGGAGCCGCCCAGAAUGGCCAUGGAGAGGUGGUCCAGAAACUGCUUGACUGGGGGGCAGAGGUGAAUCAACUGCAGAUAGACACGGAAGUUACCGCCUUGACAUUGGCUGCACAAAGAGGUUGGCUGGAGGUGGCUUCAAUACUUCUCGAGAACGGUGCCGACAUGGAGGUGCGUGAUGUCACUGGUCGGACUCCUUUGAGCUGGGCAGCCGAAAAAGGGCAGCUUCACAUUGUUGAGGAGCUGCUGGAGCGACAAGCGCACAUCGACCUCCCUGACAGGAAAGGCAUGACUCCACUGAUGCACGCCUCCGUUGUUGGCCAGGUUCUGGUCGCACAAAAACUCGUGGAGUUCAAUGCAAACAUUCGCGCAGUUGACAAAGAAGGAAAGACAGCGGCUGCGCAUGCCACCAUCUAUGAUUCUGACAAGAUGGGGCUUCAGCAGAAGAAGCAGAAGAUCUUGGAUAUGUUCCAAAUUCGAGAGAAGGAGCUGGAGAUGCGUGAAAGGGAGCUCGAGAUGCGAGAGAAAGAGGCAGAAGAGAUGGCAUCUAUGGCAUCUAUGGGUCUUGCAGAAGACGAUUCGCCGCUUGCUGCUUCGCAAUGA